AUUACCGGAACCGGCAUUCGAUUUUCUGCAACGGCUAUCACACAACCACAAGAGAGACGUGUUCAGCUGAAACAGAAAUCAGACUCAAUAAACUCAAAAAUAAAAGAAAGUAAUUUUAAUAUAAAGAAUGGUUUGUAAAGAAAGUGUUGUUGAAGAAAUGUCGCGAGUUGAAUUCGAUGAACAGUUAAAAAACUCACAAGUGAUUUUAAUUGAUGUGGCUGGAACGACUACAGCUCUGUCUUUCAUUAAGGAAACACUCUUCCCAUACGUGUGCGAGAACGUAAAGACAUAUCUAUCAGAGAACUGGGACAAAGAAGCCGUCAUUGAAUUAUUAAAGAAGUUACGUGAAGAAAGUGCAGAUUUACCUAAAGAUGGUGACAAAGAUGUACAAUUGGAUAAGUUUGUGGAGUACAUUGUGGCUAAAACAAAAGAGGACGUCUCAUCCACACCCAUCAAAACCAUUCAAGGUUUAGUCUACGAACAUGGUUAUACAAAAGGGCAAUUAAAAGGACAUGUAUUUGAAGAUGUUGCAUUAGCAUUAGAAUCUUGGUCAUCAUCGUCUGGUCGUUACAAACGUAAAGUUUGUGUUUAUUCAACUGGCAGUAUUGAAUCUCAAAAGUUAUUAUUUUCAUGGAGUUCAGCUGGUGAUCUAACAUCACAUAUCAACACACACUUUGAUCAAACUCUUGUUGGAAGUAAAACAGAUGCAACUAGUUAUCAAAAGAUUGCUACCAAAUUAGAUUGUAAACCAGAAUCUAUUGUUUUUUUAACUGAUUCUGUUGAAGAAGCUAAAGCUGCUUCAGAAGCUGGUGUUAAUGCAGUAUUAGUACAUCGUGAAGGUAACACUCCAAUCCAAGAUGAACAUAAAAAACUAUUUCCAAUUGUUAAGUCAUUCAAAGAGUUGCCAUUAAAUGAAGUAAAUGAAGUACAAGCUACAGCUGCAGCUGCAACUGAUUCAGAUGUAUCAGCUAAACGUAAAUUAGCUGCUGAUGCUGAUGAAGAAAUACAAAAUGAAACAACAGAGCCACCAUCUAAAAUUGCUAAAACAGAAGAAACUAAUGAUAAAGUAGCAGCUGCAGCAGCUACAUCUGGUGAAGUUGUAGAUGAUAGUAAAACAAAAGAACAAGAUAAAGUUGAAUCUACAACAUCAGCACCAGCACCAGCAUCAGCACCAGUGGUAGUGAAUAAUGAAACUAAAACUGAUGAUGUUGAAGUUAAACCAGAAGAAACAACAACAACAACAACUAGUGAGGUGGAGGCUAUGGAAGGUGUUGAAGAAGAACAAACAUCAUCAUCAACAACACCUAAUGCUAGUGCUAGUGCUAGUGACAAGAAACAAGAAGAGAAGAAUGAUGAAAAGAAAACAAAUGAUGAAAUUAUUAAAGAGAAGAAUACAACAGAAGAAGCUACUUCAGAAGUAGCUUCAAGUACUACUACAGAUACAACUACAGUUGCAGCACCAGCUACAGUUGAAACUAUGGAAGUAGAUGAUGAAGCAGCAGCUGCAACUGUAACUACUGAACCAUCAACUGAAAAAACUAUGAAUACAAAUACAAGUACAGAAGUUUCUACAACAUCUGAAAAGAAAACAACAGAAUCAAAAGGUACACAAGUUGCAAUCAAAGUUAGUAAUGCUGAUGUUGCAAGUCAAGCGGAAAUUGAUAAAGAACAAGUUACUACGAAUCAAGAAAAAGAUGUAAAAGUCGAAGAAAAAGUAGUAAGUACAGUGAAAGAAGAUGAAAAAGGAAAAGAAGUUACAGCAUCUAGUGCUGCUAAAGUAACUACUGAUGCUACUGCUAUGGAUACUGAUUCUACUGAUGAUGCUGCUUCUACUACUGCAGGAAGUGAAGUUAAAGUACAAGAACAAGAACAAGAACAAGAAAAAGAACAAGUUAAAAGUACUGAGAGUACUAGUACUAGUACUACCAAUGAUGAUGAAGUUAAAAGUUGUAAUCAAGUUGUUGCUCCUUCUACAGUUACUGAAAACAAAAAUGAAACAAAUAAUGAAGCAGCUACUACUGUUACUGUCAAAGAAAGUGUUGAUGAAAGUACUAUUAAGAAGAUGAAAGUUGAUGAUGAAACUACUGUUGUUGACAAGCCUGAUACAACAAAUACUGAACAAGUUAAAGCUGAAUGCGUUGAAAUGAAUGGUGAUGGUGAUGAUAGCAACGUUGAAAAGAAAAUCGAAAAACUUAAAGAAGAAAAAGAAACGAAAUCUGAUGAAAAAACAACCACUACCAGUAAUGAUAAACAAGAGACUGAUAACAAAACAACAGAAGAUACUACAACUAAAACUAUUACUAAUGAUAAUAAUGAUGUGAACAAGACUGAAGCUGGAAUUAAAGAUGAUAAUGAGACUGAAACUAAAAUUAAUAAAAAAAGUGAAGAAGAUGAUACAAAGCCAAUACAAGAAGAUAAAGAUAAAGAUAAAGAUACAAAACAGACUGAUGAACAAGUUCCUGAUGAAAAUAAACAAGUUAAAGAAAAUGGUUCAACAAAUAAAGAUACAGAUACAAAGUCUGAAUCAAAGUCAAAAGAAUGUGAAAAGACUGAACAAAAGACUGAAAAUACUACUGAAGUUAAAUCAAAUGGUGCGAAUGGUCUUGAAAAGAAUGGUAACAAAGAAGAAUUACUUGUUGAUGAUGCAAAUGAUACCACUAAAACUAACCCUAAGAAUGGUGUUACUGAUUUAAAAACAACAAAUGGAGAUGACACCACUGUUAAUACUAAAAAUGGUGAUGGUACCACUACCAGUACUACCAAUAAUGAUAACACAAAUGAAAUUAAAGUGAAAACGGUGUCAGACGUUGUAGGUGCUGGAGCAACAGAAUCACCAAGUACAGCUACACCUACACCUACACCUACACCUGGUGUAGAUGGAGUUACCACUGCUAAAGAAUAAUAAAUAAAAAAGUCAAAAUAAAAAGUAAGUUAAGUAACAUUUAUUACAUUAACAUUAAACAUUAAACAGUGUUUUUAAGUUGAUUUGAUUCUGUUGAGCUACUACUAAAAAGGAAGGAACAAGCUCUACUUACUUUACUUUACUACAACUAGAAGCUCAACAGUUCUAAGUUCUGCUCUCUAAACAACAACAACAACAACAACAAGUCAAGAACAUAAUAAUUAUUAAUAAUUAAUAAGAUAUUGAUUGGAUUGUGAUUAGGACAAGGUACAGUUUUUUUUAUUCAUUUUUUUAUCGUAUUUGUCUAUCAAAAAACUAUUUUUUAUUUUAUUUUUAUUACUUAAUACAAUUUACAAUUGAAUGGUGGUGCAGGGGGGAGGAUGAAGAAGAGUAUAACUACGUUAAGAAAUAAGAAACACACAAUGCAUUAUUUAUUUUUUAUAAUAUGGCGUCUGUUGGAUGCCAUAUUAUAUUUUAAUUACUGCCAUAUCUUUAGUAACACUUGUAAUGUUAAGAGAAAGCGAUUGACAUUAGAAGUAUCAAAAUCGGUUGACACGUUUCCCUUCUAGUGUGCCACAUAGGAACACAAACACAUAUACAUUACCAUUCCUUUGUGUUGCUCAGUUGGAUAAAAAAAAAUUAUUAAAUUUGUAUUCUAUUUAAUAAUUAAACAAUUUUAUAACAUUAUCAAGAUAAGAGAACAUCUUUAAUAAAUAGUUUAAUUGUAAUUUUCCUUCCUCCUACCCCUUCUCAUUCUGUACUAUCAUUUAAUAUACAAUUACAAUAAUUAACAGCUA